AUGGAGCACGAGCAGCAGCAUCAGCAACGACGCCUUCUAGACACUCGUCAUGAACAGGCAGAUGAUGCUGUCUCCCCCAUAGAGCCUGACGAAACCACCUCAAUCCCCACUACUCAAUAUGGCGACACAACCUCUUUGGAGCCCGGCGAAAAUGUCACUCAUGGAGACGCUACUGACAUCAGACAAGGCAACCCAUAUGGUUCAGAUAACAUCGGUGUAUCGGGGGGCGAGUCAACCCGUAGUACUCUGCGAGAGAACUCUCCGCCACAUUCCCCUUCGACUUCAAAUCAACACCAGCCAGACAAUGAUAGAGAUUCUCAAGCGUCAGCGACCGCACCCAUCGGGAAGAACAUCGAGGUCACCCACUUCUGGUGGUAUUGGGACUUUGCCGGUGCCACAGUCGCCGUCAUAUGCAUGGUACUCGUCGCCGUGACGCUCUCCAAGGCCGAUGGGAUUCCACUAGAAACUUGGCCGUUACGUAUUUCUCCCAAUACCAUCGUCGCCGUCUUGACGACCAUUGCCAGGACAGCGCUCCUGGUGCCGCUAGGUAGCAGUAUCAGCCAACUCAAGUGGAGACACCUCAUUCUCAAGGCACGACCGCUGGAACAUCUCCAGAUAUUCGACGGCGCAAGUAGGGGUCCAUGGGGAUCUACCUUGAUGAUCCAGCAUCUUCUUUUCCAGUCGAAGCUUGCCUGCGCGCUGUCCCUGGUCACUAUCAUCACGCUUGGGAUCUCCCCGAGUACGCAGCAGAUUAUCGGAUACUCAGAGCUGUACAGAUAUCUUCCGCAUCUUGAUGUAGCCAUUGGUAGGGCGGACGAAUACUUUUCCAAAGGCUUCCGCCAGUUUCCUUACCAGUCAUGGCAGAAGAGAGACGCAAACGAGAAUCUUCCCGCAUUCCAAGGCCAAAUUCUCCAAGCGCUUGCCGGCUCCUCGCCUCAGCCACAUUUUGACUGCCCCACGAAAGCAAACCGUUGUGUUUGGAGAGACUUCAGCACCUUGGCUGUAUGCCGGACCUUUCGUAAUGUAACGGAUUUGGCCACACGGGAAUGCGACGACCCGGGCUCGCCGUUGCAGGUUUGCAAGUACACCAUCCCGCUGGGUGAUGAUCGGCCCUGGGAAGAUGAUCAGUACGAAAUUUCAAUGAUGUAUGUCGACCACGACGCCAUGGAAAGUCCCCGAGUCUCGGCGGUACUCAACACAACUUUUCUACCCUCUACACAGCCUGACGGCUGGAUCGGGCAGCUCAUUGUCCUCCGACAUCAAGGCAAGAAAUGGAAAGAGAAGAACAAAUGGGUUUCCAAGAGUUAUCCUACAACGCCAGAAGUCUUUCUCACGAACUUCAGGUGGUGCCAGAAGAUCUACAGGGGCCUGACUGCGACAGAUGGUAGGAUUGAGAUCAGUGAAGAAAACGUCACAGAGUCCUUUCUCAAGUACGGCGAUACAGUGGACACCGACGAGCAUAACCCGUACGACGUAAACAUCUUCGAAGCGUCUGAAGGUGACAGCAAGUACAGACUCGCCAGAACUUUGACGGCUGAUCUGCCGACGUAUCUAAUGAACCUCCUUAAGAGCGACUACGGAGAACGACCGGGGACACGACCAACGCAAGAAACGACGACGGAUUCCCCAAUGCAGAUGCAGCACAUUUUAUACCGAGCUGAUAUCGCCAAUGUUACCAGGAACUUAGAAGCGGUGCUCACGGCUCAGGCUCGCAGCAGUAACCCAGGGGACAAUGGCAACGCGACAGUAUUCACCCAAGGUGAGGCAUUUGGAAGGGCGACAUUCAUACGCGUGCGGUGGAUCUGGUUUGCUGUACCUGUGACCACGGUCGUGCUAGGCCUGGGUCUGUUCGUCACAACUGUUAUCAUUACCAGACGGACACCACUGUUGAAGGAUUCUCUUCUUGCUCUCUUAUUUUAUCCUCUAAGGGGAUGGAAUGAGGACGAAGUUUACGCGGACGGGCCGCAGACGAACGAGAAGCUGCAGAAGCUUGCGGGCAGCCUAUACGGGAGACUUGAAACUGACGAGGUUCGAUAUCGCAUUGUUAGGGAUGAGGGCGCCGCCAAAGAUUGA